CGAUUCGCCUCCGGGUUAGGCUGAGCCUCUUGCUUGCUGUGACUGGUGGAGCUGCCGCGCUGUCCGCGUUAUCUCCUCCUGGUGAGAACGAACCGCAGUGUCCACCGGCCAGGAGCCAGCCCUGUCCCGGUCAGAGAAAGACGACGAGGAUACCUGGGAGCGGGCGGCGGCCGGGGUGGGCCGCUCCGGUGCGGGCUGGCGACUCUGCUCCUCCGCUUGCUGCUGUCUCUGGGAACUGGGUGCCAGCGUUGAGGGGCUUCCAGCGGACAGGGACCCCCUUCCCCGGCUCCCCUGCCCACCCUGCCGGGGAGGGCGGAAGAUGCCGGUGAAGAAGAAGAGAAAAUCCCCUGGGGUGGCAGCAGCAGUAGCGGAAGACGGAGGCCUCAAAAAGUGUAAAAUCUCCAGGUACCAUCUCCCCCCACCCUUCAAGCUUCCCUCCUCCCUCCUUUGCUGGACAACUGGAGGAGAAGGAGUCGGGCCCGGCCUGCCGGGCUGGGGCUGGAGACAGCUAUUGCAGAUCCCAACCCCCUGCUAGACUAAUAAGUGGAGAGGAACAUUUUUCAAGCAAGAAGUGCCUGGCUUGGUUUUAUGAAUAUGCAGGUCCUGAUGAAGUUGUAGGGCCAGAAGGAAUGGAAAAAUUUUGUGAAGACAUUGGUGUUGAACCUGAAAAUAUUAUUAUGUUAGUUUUAGCGUGGAAAUUGGAGGCUGAAAGCAUGGGAUUUUUUACCAAGGAAGAAUGGUUAAAGGGAAUGACUUCAUUACAGUGUGACUGCACAGAAAAGUUACAAAACAAAUUUGACUUUUUGCGCUCACAGUUGAAUGAUAUUUCGUCAUUUAAGAAUAUCUACAGAUAUGCCUUUGAUUUUGCAAGGGAUAAAGAUCAGAGAAGCCUUGAUAUUGAUACUGCUAAAUCCAUGUUAGCUCUUCUACUUGGGAGGACAUGGCCACUGUUUUCAGUAUUUUACCAGUACCUGGAGCAAUCAAAGUAUCGUGUUAUGAACAAAGAUCAAUGGUACAAUGUAUUAGAAUUCAGCAGAACGGUCCAUGCUGAUCUUAGUAACUAUGAUGAAGAUGGUGCUUGGCCUGUUCUUCUUGAUGAAUUUGUUGAGUGGCAAAAAGUCCGUCAGACAUCAUAGCAAGAACUAUGUGAAGAAAAUGCAAACCUUUCGAUUCCCACGUGUAUACAAGCUAAUGUGAUGAGGGGGAAAAAAAUCCAACGGGUGCAUUUUCAUUCAUAUGAAAGACUUCUCAUAGUACUUUUUUUUCCUUUUUUUAAAGGAGGUUUUUCUUGUUACAUGUGAUGGGCAUUGAGCCACACCUCUUCUUAGACUGAAUAUUGAAGUUUUUGUUUUGAGUUAUGUUUAUAACAUUUAUUUCAGAACAAUAAAGAUUCAGAUUUGUGACAAAGGCCUUAAAGUGAAGAUGUCCCUUGAGUGUCAGAGUGGUAUUUAUUUUUGUAAAUUUGAAUUUUUGGAUUUUUGAGGUUCCAAUUCACCGUGAAUUUACAGAAUUUUCAAGAUUUUAAACAGUUAAUAUUUGGCAACAUAGUCUGCUGAUGGUAUGGCUCAUUGUAGUCAUCUCUGCACAAUUUGGAAGACUGUUGGCCUUGACUUCUGGGAUAAUGAUUUGCUGAUGCAGCUAAUAAACAUUUCUAGGUAUUGGAAAAAUGCUCCUACUUUUAGCUCUGGGUUUCUAUAAAAGCUACCAAGGUCUUAUGCAGAUACCUUAUCUCAGAGAGUUUAGAAUUGGAAAGAUUAUGUCCAGUUGUUUUGUUUUCUAAAAAAGUUGUAUUAUUAAGUUGUAUCAUCAUUAUUAUUGUUGAUAAUAGCAUAUUUAUAUUUUUAACUGUCAUUAUAUAGGGAAUUUUAUUUAAAGCACUUUUUUUUUUUUUUUUUGCCUUAAGAGAACGUUAGCUGUGAUAUGGAUUUAGUUAAGAUACACAUAGGAAAAGAAGACAAUAGAAUAAGGAAUCAUGAGAGAACUCUGGGUAUAAUUGUGCACAACUCAGUAGAGCCAUUUACAUUGGUAGUAUUGCAGUAUUGCUAAUUAUCACAAUUUUCUGCCUGUUGGUAAUCAAGUGUCUUGAGGAAAGGUAGUAUUGCAGUAUUGCCAAUUAUCACAAUUUUCUGCCUGUUGGUAAUCAAGUGUCUUGAGGAAAGGGAAGCCUUUCCUAAUUCAUAUAAAAGGCACUUUUGUACUAGCAGCAGGCCUAUUCCUUUUCAGACCAUCCAGUAUCCCAGUGAUAUGAAAACUUUGUUCAUAUUCAUAGCCCAGUCACAACUUCAGAAACAUUUCUAGUGUCAUUGUUUGAGUAGAGAGAAGAGGUUAUUUUUCCAUAAUAAGGGAGUGUUUCUAUUAGGAUUUAAGGUAAAGGUUGAUUUUUCAGUGGUGAAUUUGUUUAAAGAAUGAUUUCUCCAUAUUUAUUACCUAAGGGAAUGACAUUUUAAAGGGUUUUAUUGUUUGCUUUUUAGUUAAUGAGCUGGGAAAAAAAUGAUUGCCAAUGUUUUACUUGCCUUCUUAAUAAGAUUACUUUGUACAGUUUUCUAAAACACCCAUAAUAGUGGGAAAGUUUUCCUAAAUGUCUUAUAGAAAAGGAUAAUACAGGAUGCUCCUCUUAAGUAUUAGAAUCACUGAGUUAUGAACUGAGCAUACCAGUGGUAUCAGGAUUUAAUAUUAUGAAUGAUGUUUUAAUAUCAAAUUUAUUAUAAGGAAAGCAUUUACAUUUGUAGACCUUUAAAUUUAUAAUUUAGUUGACUCUUCAAGGCACAUCUGAACUGAAGACUAUAUCCACUUUUGUUAAAUUCCAAAACAUAUAAGCAAAAUCUUAUAAAUUGUCCAUUUGUAACCUGAACUAAUGGUAAUAUCUUUUUCAUCUUCAGUAUUUGAGUAAAAUAGGGAACACUUAAAGCUUAUAGAUGACAUGUUUUUUGAAAAGUAUAUAUAUGAAAACACAGGCAUCCUUGGUAUAUGCAGGGGAUUGAUACCAGGACCCUUGUGUAUACCCAAAUCUGCGCAUACUCAAGUCCUGCAGUCAUCCCUGUGGAACCUGCCUGUAUAAAAAGUCAGCCCUCCCCAGGUAUGUGGGUGUCGCAUCCCGGGAGUACUGUAUUUUCAAUCCAUGUUUGGUUUAAAAAUAUCUGCAUAUAAGCAGACCCACACAGUUCAAACUCAUGCUGUUCAAGGGUCAACAGUAUUUACUUUGCAUACUUUUCCAAAGAUACCUUUAAGACUUGAGUCUGAAAAUGAAAUUUAUUUUAUUUUUUCCCUUAAAGUCAACCGUCUAUCCUACCCUAGCCAUACUUGGAUUCCAGUACCACUGUGGCCAUGCUUGCUUUACUCUAUUGCUCCGUCUAUUUCUCUUACCUUCUUGAAGUUAUAACAUUUGCCUACUUUGAAGGCAAAUUUACUCUGCCUAAUUCAUCAGUCAGGGUGUGGGCUGUGUCCCUUCUUGUCUUUCCUUUGUUAAUUUUGAAUAGCAUUUAAUUUACUGGGAAAUUUAUGAUCAAAAAUGUUAAGUGAUACAAACAAUACAAUAUUAAGGACGCUGCAGUAUAAAAAAGUCUAACUGUUGUGGUUCAUUUUUUGACUAGUUAGCUUUAAGUGCCUUCCCACGAACCCUGUUGUAAAAUUUUUGGAACUACUUCCUUUGUACAGGAUGAAAUAUUGUAUGGUGCUUUAUAACAUGGAGUUGAGUUGUUUCUGUAAGAAUAUUAUACAAAUGUAAUACUACUGGAUACUACUGGAAGAAAGUAGAGCCAGAUGUUGAUUUGGACAGAUUGCAACCCCCCCCCCCCCGCCCACCGCCUCCUUGGGGCCAAUAAUUCUUAAUAAGGUAUGAUGUUAAUACCUCCAGGAAAUUGCCAGGGAUUCAGGUGACAGUGUGUGAUGAAAACGGUGUAUUGUGUGCUGGCCUGACUGCAUUACCAUGUUUGUCUUCUAUUGUCUAAUGAUUUCUUAUUUCUUAAAUGCUGCUGAUAAAAUUCUUAAUAUAAUACCUUUUUGACAGUAGUAGCAUUUUUAUGUAUAAUGUAUAGGUUUUGUUGGUUUUUACUCAGAAGCACUCUAGAUUAGUGUUUUUUGAAUUGCAAUUUGAGAGCCUUCUUUGGGAAUGUUAGAUUGAGGAGUAUUUCUCUUAAAUACAAAUGCCUUUUCAUCUAGCAAACCAAAAAUUAUAUCUUAAUAUUGAAUGCCAUCACUCGGGGUCAGGGUGGGAGUAAAUUCUGAGAUAACUCCAGAGUUUUCAAGGCAUACAAGGUAUGUGGAAUAGCGCAGAUUCAGAAUACAUGAUAUAUACAUAUAAAAUGAAACAUUUCACUUUGAAGUAUUUCUUCAACAAAACAUGUCCUGUCUGCCUACUUGCUAAUGUGAAAUUAUGAAAGGAUUUAUUGAAAUAUAUGUUCAGUUUGAGGUGUAAUUGGUAAGAAUGCCAGGUGUUGUUCUUCUGCCCUCUUAAAGAAGUGUACUUAAAACUGUUGUGAUAAUAAUUCAUCUCUGAUAAAACUUUGUUCUGGCCUUCAAGGCUCUUACAGCUUAAUGUUUUAAAUGUCUAAGGCAUCAAAUAAAUUGAGGGCAUUUUAAUAAAAAAAGGAAAACUAAAUGCCUUUGUUAAAGCAAAAGGCCAAAAAUAAAAAAUAAAAUAAAAAACCCCCCAAAAAAAACCCAAAAGUCUUAUUCCUAAAGAAGAAUUCUUACCUCUAAGGAGGAAUCCUUCCUUCCUGAGGAAAUACCACUUUUUAAGUGACAUUAGAAAUCAUCACAAGGAAACAUUUCAAAGAAAGGAUCAUUUUCUUUUCAGGAGAAAGAGGAAUAACAAUUUCAUUAACUUCCUCAAUAGGAAAGGCUAGUCUGAAUUAUUAAAUGUUCUGGAUUAUAUCUUUUUUUAAUGAUACAGUUUUAUUACUUAAGGAAUAUUUGGUAAGAACCAGGUAAACCUAUUGUUUAAGAUUUGUUCUUGUUAAUAGACCUAUGAUUAGUAUGGUGGAAGCCCAAAAAGCAGUCUAAUUUUUAUGAUAAACUUACAGACUGUGGAAAGAUGAAUUUCUGCCCCAAACCUUGGAUAAGUUGUCAUUAAUUUAAUUGUAGAGAUGUUUCUAGUGAACUUUUACUUAACUGAAACAAAUCUUUAGAUCUUUUAAAGCACAAUUUAUUUACCUUUCUAAAAACAGCAGUCUUAAAACUGAUCGAUCAUACAUUUGGUGUGUCCACCUUACAAUCUUUUACAUUCUAUUAGUACAGAUAGUGUUUCCUUUGCUCCUUUUCCUGACCAGUUGUUAUUGGUGUGACCAUUUUCUUUUUAGGAUCGAUGAGACAUUUUGCUGUGUAUGCUGUGUCAUGUAUUAGGACCUCUUAUAAUAUGGCUCAUUUUUACAUGGUUUCUGAUUUACCAUAUGUUAAAUAUUCCUUAAAAUACACCCAGUAACACUAUAGUAAGGUUAGACUUUAACCUAAGUAUUGAAUCUUGUCUUAUAAUGCCAGUUUUAUUGGAGCUUUGUUGUAUUUAUUUUAUGGAUCUAUGGUCCCUAAAUGGGAGUUAAUAGCAAACGUUUAUUAAAAAUGUCUUAGCUUUCCCCCAAAUUAUGUCAUUUUGUAGAAGUUUUAUCCUUCUGGGGUGUUUUUGGCUUUCUGAGCUUUAAGAUAUUAAUGAUUUUUUUCCACAUACUUCACGGGUUUGGUUUUAAGUAUGAGGUUAAAAUUGUGGGUUUUAAAAAGCUAAUAAAUACUUGAAGUGAAUAUAUAGAGAGAGCCAGAUUUUCCCAAAACUCUGUGAGCUGUGUAUGUUUUGUGUAGAAUUGAAUAUUAGCCAUAAUUAACUUUUCCUUUUUCUUUUUUGGAGACAGGGUCUUACUCUGUCACCCAGGAUGGAGUGCAGUGGUGCAGUCUCAGCUCACUACAGCCUCAACCUCCUGGGUUCAAGGGAUUCUCGUGCCUCAAUCUCCCAAGUAGCAGGGAUUACAGAUGCCUGCCACCAUGCCCAGCUAAGUUUUGUAUUUUUUUUGUUUGUUUUAGUAAAGACGAGAUUUCACCAUGUUGGCCAGGCUGGUCUCAAACUCCUGCCCUCAAGUGAUCCCACCCACCUCAGACUCCCAAAGUGCUGGGAUGACAGGUGUGAGCCACCACUCCUGGCAAAUAAUUAACUUUUUCACAUAGAAAAUAGAUCACAGAUAAAAGCUCCUCACAUAUUUUGAAGGUCAAAAAAAAAAAUUUGGUGUUGCUAAUAAUUGCCUUUGAACCAUGAAAGAGGAAAAACUAACUUUAUUUGAGCAACUUGUCAUUUGAGACUUAAACUAACUCAUCAAACUUAGCAGAAUUAACUUGUGAGUAUUGACUUAAGUGAAGUUAGUUUAUAUACUUUACUAUUCUGUUCUGUCAUGCAAAUAAAAUGGCUUAGAGCAAGUUCAUACAGUUACUUUUAUCUACAAAUGUAGAAAUCUUACCUAUUUGAAAUUUACAUUAUUCCCUGAAACUAUGCAUAUUGAGAGAGAGUUUAUAGAAGUAUUAUCUGAGAACCCUGAGUUUGAUUUUCUUUUUGUGACAUUCCUGUUAAUGUCACUUUUAAACAAGCCACUUAACCUAUGUCAUUUUCUGUUUCUUCUGUAAAAUGUAGAUAAUGAUACCUACCAGUAUUGUUACGAAGUUCAAAUAGGGCCCUAUCCACAGCACUUAGUAGGUGUUAAAUGAAUGCAUCUUGUUACUUGAACAAGAAGUGGUUAGUUAUGAUAGUUUAUUUUUUUCUAACAAAUUUACUGUCUUUUAUUAAAAAAUCACUAGGAUUUCCUGUGUGUGUUAUCCUGCCAUUUUUGUAAUCAAACAAAAUUAUUAAUAUUCUCCUUAGACUAAAUCAUUAAUUUAACAAAUCUCAAGCAUCUACUGUAUGCCAAGAAGUGUUCUAGGCCUGAAUAUAUUGCAGGGCAUGAAACAAGACAGUAAUUUCUGACCUUUAUGGGAUUUUUAUUUUAAUUGGUUAAUAAAAUAGUUUAUCAUUUGGUGACAAGGUUACAUGGGGAAAGUAAGUUGAGGAAGGGGCCCAGAGAGUGUGUGAGGAUAGGAUUACUAUUAAGUAGCAUGUACACUGAUAUGUGACAUUGAGCAGAGGCGUGAGGAGGUGAAUGGUUGUGCAAUGUGGAUAUCUGGGAGGAGAGCAUUCCAGGCAGAAGGAAUAUUACAUGCUAAGGCCCUGAGCUGGUACAAAGUGUAAAGAAACAGUAAAGAGAUGAGUGUGACUGUAGUGAACAAGAAUAGCAUUUUAGGGAGAAUUAGAAAAUGAACUGAGAGAGAUUGGGAGUAAUAAUCCUGCCUGAUUGUAGGUAAUUAUGUAGCCCUUUCUCGAGAGUUGGACUUUACUGAGUGAGCUAGCAAGCAAUUAGGAUUCGGAUCAAAGCAAGGAUGGAAGCAGGUAGUAGUAGGAAGAUAAUAUGGUAAAUCCAGGUGACAAAUGGUACAAUUUGAGAUUAAGAGUAAUGGGAAUAAUAAGUGGUCAGAUUCUGAAUGUAUUUUGGUGGUAGCACCAAAAGGAUAUGCUGAUAGAAUGGAUGUGGGGUAUGAAGCAAAGAAUGAUCAAGGUUUUUGGCUUGAAGAAUGAAGUGGGCAUUAAUGAGAUGGGGAAGACUCAGAGGAGCAGGCUUAAGGGGGUAGAUUGAGAGUUUACUUUUGGAUAUGUUAUGGUAGACUUGUCUGUCAGAUGUCCAAAGGAAAAUGUAGAGUGGGCAGUUGGGUAUUUGAACCUGGAAAAGUAGAGGUCUGGGCUGGAGAUAAAUAUAUUUGGAAGUCAUCAGUGUGUAAUCUUAUUUUAAGUCAGGACAUGGAUGAAAGCACUUAGAGAGUAAGUGUAGCCAGAGGAUAGAACUUAAUUGAAGACAUAUGAUCGAUGAAAUUCAAGGCUAACUUUUGUGAUUUUUCAAAUAGAAAUAAAAUGUUAACAUUUCCUACCACACAUAUACAAACCAUUACUUUCUAUAGUGUUGUAGAAGCACUAAGAUUUAAAAAGCAAGAUUGAUAAUAGUUACCAAAUAUGUAAACAAAUGGCAAAUUAAAUUGAGGAGGGAGUGUCACUUUAUUCUUGGAAUAAAGAUUUUUGUUUUGAAGUAAUACAGUUUUUUAUAUUAAGAAUAACAUCUGGAGUGCUAGUUUCUUUUUCUCAUCGUUGGAAAUUGCUAUUCCAAUUCAAUUUGACAGUUUUAGCACUAGAGGGCAGGCUUGCUUCUAGGUUAUGAAGAGUUCUACGUGAAUUAAUAUAGCCAAACAGCGCAGGUUGAACAUCCUUAACUUGAAAAUCUGAAAUUCAAAAUGCUGCAAAAUCCAAAACUUUUUGAGUGUUGACAUGAUGCCACAAGUGGAAAACUCCACACCUGACCUCAUGUGAUGGGUCACAGUCAAAAUGCAGGUGCACAACAGUUUACUCUGUUCCCAAGAGAAAAAUAGAAUUAGCUUCAGGCUAUGUGUAAAAAGUGUAUAUGAAACAUAAAUGAAUUUCAUGUUUAGACUUGGGUCCCAUCCCCAAGAUGUCUCAUUAUGAAUAUGCAAAUAUUCAAAGAUCAAAAAAAAAAAAAUCUAAAACACUUCUGGUCCCAAGCAUUUUGGAUAAGAGAUAUUCAACCUGCACCCACAUUCAAUCUCAAUUAAUGAAUGCAGUUGUUUCUUAUGUGACAGGUUUGCCAUCUGCUAUGUUUUUUUCUAGUGCUGGGAAAGCAUAAAAUAAAGCUAAUUGAUUUUAGUACAUCUAGGACUGGCAGUUGAUACUAAUAUACAUUUGAAUAUGAAGUCCAAGGAAACUCAAGUGUAGCUUACUGUAAUUAUACUCAGAUUUGAUAUAGAGGUUCUUCCACCACAUACAUGAAUAUUAAAGCCAGUCAGAAGAAAUCCUGGACAUGAAAACAUUUUUUCAGGAAAUAAUUAACUAUGUGCUGGGUAUUAUUAUAUGAGUGUGGCUACAAAGAUUAAUAAAAUAUAGUCCCUGCCUAAAUAAGCUUUGUUGUAGCAUCUUACAGCACUUAAUAUCUUGUGCUGUAUCUAUUUAAAUGUCUUUUUCCCUUCAAUAAUAGAAAUCCUGACUCAUUUUUGGUGCCUCCAAGUGCCCAUCACACAUUUCAGUUUACAGUGUUUGAACAUACGAAUAAUGAGAGAGAUAAAAAUAAGAAAACGGUUAGGGAAUUGGGGCCUUUGAAAAAACCUGUUUUCACAUUUUUACCCUUAGAGAGAUGCUUUUCCUAUUAACAUGUCUAAAGGUGAUUAUGGAGACAAUUCUAACCUUCUGUCUUUGCUCCCACUACUUCUUCUAGCAGGCUUUAACCCCAUUCCUCAAGAGCAGUUACUGGCAGCCAUAGAGAGUGGGAGGUCAAGCCUUUUUUAGUCAUUGGAGUAAACAGGAGAGAUAGAUGUGGAAAUAGGGAGGUUCUCUCUAUCUGGCUUACGUCAGUUUGAGAAGUUUGACAUGAGAUGGAACCUUCUGGAAUGAGGUUCUUCUUUUUCCCACUUUUCACCUAGAAAGUUUUCCUAUACAUGGUCCUCUUGCUCUCCUAGUCCUUUUAGGGUCCCUAUUUCUAUGUGCUGGUUCUUUCAUUUCAUUGUCUGUAACAUGAGGAUAAUAAUAGUCCUUAUCUAAUAGCAUUAUUUUGAGGAUGAAAUGAAAUACAGGCAGUAAAUAUUAGUUACUCUUUGCUAUCUGGAAAAACAUCAAUUGAACCUCAUAGGAUGGACUUGUGUUCAAUAAGUGUUAUAUAUAGUAGAGUCAAAUGGAAAAAUUGACCCACUCAGAUACAUUUUUUUUAAUUGAUACAUAAUAGAUGUAUUUGGAGGGUACAUGUGAUAAUAUGAUAUAUUCAUAAUUAAAAUUCAUUGUUACAUAAUAGAUGUAUUUAUUUGGGGGUACAUGUGAUAGUAUGAUAUAUUCAUAUAAUUAAAAUUCAUUGAUACAUAAUGUAUUUGGGGGUACAUGUGAUAGUAUGAUAUAUUCAUAUAAUUAAAUGAAGAUAAUUGGGAUAUUCAUCACCUAAAUAAUUAUGUUUUCUUUAGGAACAUUCGAAUUCUCUUUAGCUAUUUUGAAAUGUACAAUAGAUUAGAUUAGUGUUAAUAGAUCAUUCAUCCUACUGAUAUAUCGAACACCAGGUCUUAUUUCUUCUGUCUACAUAGACAUACUUAGAAAGGCAAAUCUCUUAGGAAAUUAAUCUGUAAUGUCAGUGAUGCACACUGAUUUGUAUUACUUGCUUUCUUUGUAGGCAGUAUAGUGAAAUGGUUCCUUAAAUGGAUGCUAAAUAUGACUAAAUGAUCAAUUUACAGUGAAGCUGGCACCAAGUAAUAAAUGCUCAGUGACAUAGCUACUAUGGCUGUCUUUAAAAGUGGAUUGGUUUGACUUCAUAGGAAGGACUCUUUUUAAAAAAGAUAAAUAUUAAAAAAUAAAAAGCCAAAAUACUAUGAUGUCUUAUUACAUUGAUUCUCUUAAAUCAGUUUUUUUUUAAUUAAGUAGCAGGACUCUAUUGCAAAAUAAGUUUUACCUAGAAGCACAGUAUUUAAAACAGAAAGCUAAAAUACUCUGGUUAAGUGGGAAGCUCCAUGUCUUCCUCACUGGUAGUAUUAUUUCUGAAAAACCUCAAAGGAACCCCUGUCUCUCUGAAUAGCAUGUUUUAAAAACCACUACUUGCACAUUUGCACCUCGACAUCAAACAUGUGAACAAAGUAAUAGAGUGAGAAAACUGAAUUUCUAUUUAAGAAUUUCUAUUUUAUUCUCUCUAUAAAAAGCCAAGAAGUGGUUGGUGUUUGGAAUAACAUGAAAAAUAUUCCAAGUAUCUUUGGAAAUACUUACACUAGAAGUGUAAGGUUUAUGAUAAUUCUGUCUUAGAUUCAUUAUCUAGAGCUGGUCUAAAAAAGGAUGAUAGGUAAGACCUACCAAGAGAGACUUGAGGUAAAUAUAAGAAUGAAGGAAUGAAUGAAUAUCCAUAGGCCAAGGCUUUGCUAUGCCCUCUUACUACACAGGAUAACAGUGUAGUUGCUAGUUUCUACCUUUCAAGAUUAUGAUCCUUAAAAAGGAAACAGCUCUGUGAACAGAGACCAUGUUAUUCAUAGGUGUUCCUCACUUGUUUCCACCACAUAAUAGGUGUGUAUUGAAUAAAUGUUUAUUUAAUCAAUGAAAAAAGUCACGUCUCUCUUUGAUCCUAGACUGCAAGUUACUUAAAAGACAUGGACCGUAUUUUACUUAUCUUUCAUGGCCUGCAAAUUGAGUUUGCUUACUGAAUUAAUGAAUGACCAGUUGUACACAUAUGUCUGUAAAAUGUUUACAUAUCCACAUUCCCAUUAGACUGAGAUUCUUGAGGGCAGAAACCAUGUCUUCAGCUCUCAGCAUGGUGCCUGACUCAUAGUAGCUUGUCAAAAACAUUUGCAGAACUGAAUAAAACUUAAGUUUAAGAAGUACUGGAGCAGUCUCACAUAACCGGGCACAGUGUCUUCUAAAUAGACACUAAAAUUGUUUAAUAAUUAAAGACAGGCAUCUCACUAAGCAUUUUCUGAGUUAGUGCCAGUUGAAUAAUAUGACAAUAAGCUGUAGGAGUUCAGAGGAGAGUGAGUUCUGUGGACUGAAAUAGUCAAAGUGGAUUUUCAGAGCAGAUGAGACAUGAUGAAGGCUGGGGCUAGUUUGGUGUUUUAAGAACAUUAAUUAGGCAGCAGGAAAAUCUGAGGACAGGGAGACUAGUAAGGAAGGCUGGAAAGAGUCCUGGGUUUGGAGUUCAGAGAUCUGUGCUCAGAGUCCUUUGCUUCUUAGUGACUAUGUGACCUUGAGAAGUUAACUUGAGCUCCCUUUGCCUCUUCUGUGAGGUAGAGGUAAGACUGAUGUGCAUAUUGAUAUUGUACUUAAAAGUGUUUGUAAAAUGCUAAGUAAAACCUAAUGCUAUUCUUUGAAUGUAGUGGGUUCCAAAUAUUUGUUUAAUGACAAAGAGUAAAUGAUAUUGACUAAUGAAAAUAAUGGAGCCACUGGAAUGUCACCUCCUGCAUCUGCCAGUAAACCUGUUAACACGGGGGAAAAAGUAAAUACGUGAAGCCACCGAAUCUCAUGAUCAGAAGAAAAACUUUUUGAAACUCCCAUGAGACUCCAAAGUUAUGUCAGAGGUGAAUAAGUCAUGAACUUUUCAUGCUGAUAUCAUUUCUAAGGUUCCUGCCUUGUCAGAAGAAGCAAACCACAAGAUAAACCAUGCAGAAAAUCUUUUUUUAAAAAAGUUUCCUGAAGGAUGGAUGGUUCAUUUGUUCUGCUUGUCACUUUACUUACUAAUGAGUCAUUUUUUUCCUUAACCAGUAAUUUGUUUUAAAUUUGGUCAUAAGAUGGUAUGUUGACUAGUCCAAUGUUACAAAAUAAUUGGAAAAAAGAUGACAGACCACCAGCUGAAUAAGGGAAAUCUGGUUCUUGAAUUUCCAAUGUAUGAAUUGGUGAUGGUAAGCUUAGUCUUUAUGAUGUAAGAUUGAAUUUAUUGGAACUUCUUUAUGUCCAGAAGUUGCAGCACCUUUCUUUGUCUCUGGAAUGCCCAAGAUCUCUACUGCAUCCUGUAGACAUGGAGGGUUCCCCCCUUAUUCUGGGUCUGAUUAUUUUUAAAGAAACACCCUUUCCUUACCCAUUACGGAGACACUACUAACCUUGUAUAUACUUUUAUUAGAGUGCUGAUAACACCAUAUUACAGUAGUAGCAUACUUACAUAUCUGUUUUCUUAACUGUGAGCUCCUUGAGAGCAGGGACUGUGUGUUUUUGCUUUUAUUUCACCAGUACUCAGAACUAUCCACAGUAUAGAAAAGCACUCAAUAAAUGGAACAAAUGAAAAUGAAUCGAUAAAUAAAUGAUUUCGCUUGUAUAA